AUUUUCCACGGAUUCGUCCCCCAUGUUCGAUGGAUUUAUAUAAUUUUUUUUCUUUUCGUGACAAAAACAGAAAAAUUCCAAUGACAUUUUCUCUCCUUUUAAACUCUAACGGAUAAUCAAAUUCCUUUUUCACAAUUUUUGUUUUUUAUGGUUUUUCUCCCAAUUUUUUUGGCGUAGAACGCAUUUUUGGGGCUCCUGGAGCACUUACGGGUGUUCCGUGGCGCCCAAAGAGCCCCUCUGUGCUAAAAUUGGGGCCCGCAGAAAUUUUGACGGUUGGGGAUUUUACACGACUCAGGUUUUCUGGAAAUGGAUUUUUGUGAACUUUCUACAUUUUCGAUGCCAAUCGACGCGGUGUCACUUUCUCAUUCCAAAAAACUGUUUCCGGUCGGAAAAUUCAGCGGAAAAUGCGAGAAAAUUGUGAAAAAUCUUCUAUGUGAAUGAGACAACAAUAGUGCGUGCGAGUGAGAGUAACAACGGAUAAUGAGGGCGCCACAUGCCACAAAAGAGAAUUCUGGAUAACAUUUCAUCACGCUAGCUGUAACAGCAAUUAUCGUAUCCUGCUGUAGAAAUCCCUAGUUUAUAUGACAUUUGCUGAUGCAAGGAGCGAUCUAUCUGUCAAAGUGAGAAAAUUCAGUCGAGAGCUUCACUUUUCUCCGCGAUUUUCCACGGGAAAAUCAAUUGCUGCGCUUCAUAUUGCUGCAUUGACGGUCACCUAAGUUGGAGUAAAAGUCAUUAAAUGUGCAUAAUUGGUCACACCUGUGGACACAGCCAAGGUAUCUGGAAUUGAAAAAUUCUCAUGAGUGCGGUGUUCCCAUAGUCCGUGGAUUUUUCUCUGGCUUCACAUUUUUUUUAAUCUCUUCUGUGGGAUUUCCAUCCGCUGUGUGCAAAGUUGUGUGUGGAAAAAGAUGGAGAGACAGUUCUAGAGAAUACAGAAGCACAAAAGGUGACGACAGUGCACAGUAAUUCACAAUUAUUUAGUUGCCAACACGAGGAAUCUUCGAAUAAGAAGCACAAUUCAAAAUUCCUCGAAGGAAAAGCUAAAGUGUAACCAUAUCACUCUUGGCUAAAAGUAUGGAGGAGAAGAUUAAUUUUCAAGAAACGAAUUGCUUCUGUCGUUAAUUACUAUCUCUCCUCUCGUUUAGUGGAUGUGAAACAUUGAGAACGUACAUCAAGUUUCAUAAAAGUGAAAAUUUACAAAGUUUUGUGCACGAGACAAAUUAGAAAGUAUACAUAUAUAGCUAAAAGUUAGUGUGUUGGAAGGAAGUUGCUCGUAGGAAGAGAAAAAAGAAAGAAGAAAAUAAAAUUCAACAACGUGUCUCUGGGUGAUGUGCAACAGGAAAUUAAUGUGUCAUAUUCAAUAAGUUCUCUUUUGUGUGUUGGAAUUGUGUGUGUGUGUGUGGGUGAGUGAGGAGUGUUGGGGGUGGAUAUUUUGUCUGGUGAAAGCGGAUAUUUUCACGACGGAAGUCAACGUGGAAGCUACAGAAGGAAAAUUAUCCUUCAUAUAGUUGAAGCAUGUCGGCCAGGAAAUUGGAAUCACCAACAAUAUCUAAUCAGUAUUCAGGAAGUAAUGCAAUCUCAAGUGGAAAAUCACCUGUACCGUCCCCAGAUCCAGAUAUUGAUGAUCAAAGCUCCAAACGACAGGCAACGAGAGUUUUCAAGAAGAGCUCUUCAAAUGGCAAAAUAACCGUCUAUCUUGGGAAACGUGAUUUUGUUGAUCACAUUACGCACGUUGACCCAAUCGAUGGGGUUGUCCUCAUUGAUCCGGAUUAUGUGAAAGAUAGAAAAGUAUUUGGACACGUACUAGCGGCUUUUCGCUACGGACGGGAAGAUUUAGAUGUUCUGGGUCUAACAUUCCGAAAAGAUUUGUAUUUAGCGUCAGAACAAAUAUAUCCGUCAACUGGUAGCGAUCGUCCACUUACGAGGCUUCAAGAGCGUCUUAUUAAGAAACUCGGCCCGUAUGCAUUCCCAUUUUAUUUCGAAGUACCACCCCAUUGUCCGGCAUCGGUGUCUCUCCAGCCAGCACCGGGGGAUACGGGGAAGCCAUGCGGGGUGGAUUAUGAGUUGAAGGCAUUCGUUGGGGAGAGUCAAGAUGAUAAGCCGCACAAACGAAAUUCCGUUCGACUUGCCAUCCGGAAGAUUAUGUAUGCACCAUCGAAGCUCGGUGAGCAACCAUCAAUUGAGGUUAGCAAGGAGUUUAUGAUGAAACCAAAUAAGAUACACCUCGAGGCGAGUCUCGAUAAGGAAUUGUAUCAUCAUGGUGAGACGAUAUCGGUGAAUGUUCAUAUUGCCAAUAACUCCAAUAGGACUGUGAAGAAGAUAAAAGUUACCGUGAGGCAGUUUGCGGAUAUUUGUUUAUUCUCGACAGCUCAAUACAAGUGUACCGUGGCAGAAGUUGAAUCUGAGGAAGGAUGUCAAGUUGCGCCGGGAUUCACGUUGUCCAAAGUUUUUCAAUUGACACCACUUUUGGCUAAUAACAAGGACAAAUGGGGUCUGGCACUUGAUGGACAACUUAAGCACGAGGACACAAAUCUCGCUUCGAGUACUCUGUCUCGCACGUCUCUCGAUGGACCAUAUAGAAUUGCCGAUCCAACACAGAGGGAAAAUCUGGGGAUAAUUGUGCAGUACAAGGUAAAGGUGAAGCUGUGCAUAGGUGGUCCCAUACUUGGAGGGGAUCUUGUGGCUGAAUUGCCGUUUAUUCUUAUGCAUCCGAAACCCGAGGAAGAGGAAACGAAUCCCAACAUCACGAGUAGAUCGCCAAAUAAAAAUGAUAAAGUAUCACAGGGUCAGGGGGCUGCAAAUAAUUCCGAAAAUACUGACCCAGAAGUUCCAACAACAAAUCUCAUUCAAUUGGAUGGGGAUGACGUUGGUGGGGCGGAUGAUGAUAUAAUUUUUGAAGAUUUUGCCAGACUACGACUUAAAGGCGCAGAAACGGAAGCCUAAAAGGAAUUUUUCUUUUUGUGCUACAGCAAGGAAAGAAGGUAAGAAUUAAAACUGAAGAUUUCUAUAAAAAAAAUUUUUAAAUGAAAAAGUUUGAAUAAAAAAAAUGAAAUAUUUAUACAAUAAAAUAGAAAACAUUUGUAAACGAUACACACCAAUAAAUAAAAGGUAUUAAAUGUCAAAUACAAAAGAAAAAAAA